AUGGCCGCAAAAGCAGAGCUCUCAAGCUGGCCAGAAUGCCCGGAGGAUUUCUCUCUGCUGCAGCAGCACAAUUUGGCGCACAUCAACUCCAAAACGUGGAUUUCUUCAAACUCAAUCCAUGCGUUCUCAAGGAGGGACGCAGCCGCAGAUGCAGGCAUCUCGCUGGAGAAACUUGUGCCAGUGAGUAAACUCCCUGACUGCGUUUCUGCUGCAGGCAUCUCAGACUCAGAUGCCAGCAAGGCAGCAGAUGGAGGCAAGACGAGCCUCUUCAGCCCUCAGAGACACAGACGCGUGGCAGCCAAUGCCAGGGAGAGGAGGAGGAUGCACGGCCUCAACAAAGCGUUUGACGAGCUUAGGAGCGUCAUCCCCUCCCUGGAAAAUGAGAAAAAGUUAUCCAAAUAUGACACCCUCCAAAUGGCGCAGAUCUACAUCACGGAGCUGUCUGAGCUGCUGGCUGGAGUGGUUCAUCCGGAGUGCAGAAGUCCGCGUCAGGGCGCAGCGGACAAGACCUCCAGGAGGAGCCUGAUUCACUCCAUAAGGCCGACAGCCAGUGCGCAGACCCCGAACCCGCUGACCGGAGAGCAGAGAGACCCCAGCAACUCCAUCAGCCACCUGAUUAUACUGGGACCUACAUCUGACUUAGAAUCCAACAAAUCAGGGACUUCAUCCAACAGCAGUGAGGAUGAAUCUUAGACUGUCAGUGCCACCGAGGAAGAUCAGGGUUGGAGACAGUAACAGGGAAACCCUGACUUUUAACUGUUUUCCAGACAUUUGCAUGGCAGUAAACAACAGUAGACAUGAUGAUUGUAUGAGUGACACAGUCCUACUGCAUAUUUAUAGCUUAGAUGUUGCACUGCUUAAUGAGAAAAAGUACAGGAAAAACUUUUUAAAAAACGCCCACUAAGAUGUUGUGUGUGGACUCCAGCAGGCCUUUUAUGCACUUUACACAUCCUGAUCCACUGACCUUUCCAGUUUGUCUAAUUGAGAACAAGUAUUUUUCUAUUUAUGUAUAGCCAAGGGGUAUUUUAUGAGGGACGUUUUGCUACAAUAAAGAUAUAAUAAGA